CAACUCUCCUUUCCAUCUACGCAAUCCAGCCAUGGAUCGGCAGGAUUUACGUUCAGCCUUUCCGGCAAUCAAGACAUCGGCGGCCCUCAGGCUGGUUUCGAAUGUAUCCAGCAAACCAGCGCUAGCGGUCCAUUUUUCCUGUGCAGGAGCCUGGAGAGCCUUGGCGCGUUGUCGUGUAAAAUGCGGAUACAGGCGAACGACGAUGUAUACGAGACAACCAGGCAUCGGAUGGCCGUCGCCGAGGAGAAUAACAAGAAUAAAUGGGUUAUCAAGCCAAAUGGGCCAGAUAUCGGGCGUAAAGUGAAGGUGAGAGCAACCGGAAGGACCGCUCCUGCAUCAUCGAAUUCUAGGCAUCGGGACACGACGAGCAUUCCAACUUCCGGCAGUCAGUCUGGGCUGUCUUCCUCUUACAAGUCUGCUAAUGCGUCAAGAUCCCGGAAUCGAACGGAGAAGAAAAUCCCCGAUAUUAUGCGCAGACCAUUAAAAGGGUGUAAGGGAACGAGAACGUAACAUCAUGACGAUGACUCUGAAACAGGUAGCUUACAUAAGAGAUAACACUUAUCAUCUGCAGAGACACAUCUGGAAUGACGUGCAAGAGGACUGGCCUUAUUAUACCGAGGAAGAAAAGUCUGUGUUGAAAAGAAGAAAACCUCAAAAUCUCACACCUCCUGGCUCUAGCGACGGUGGAUCCAGCGGCAGUGGACAAUCACCGAAUUCUACUCACCCAGGUUCACCACCGGCGAUCACAGCACCCCCUCCCUUAUUGUUGAACGACAAGCGACCGGGUUACUAUCAGGGUAACGACGGACUGCCAACCAAGAAACCACGGAUAUCCCAUUACAAGAAGUCGGAAACGAAUACCGGAUCGUCGAACCUUGGGGAUAACGGAAGGACGGCUGGUAGUGGUGGUGGUGGUGGUAGUAACAGUGGUGGUGGUGGUAGUGCGAUUUCCGGUGGAGCGGGUGGUAGUAGUGCUAAUAACGGCAGUGGUGGUACUAGCGGCGGUGGUGUGAUUGACGGUUGGGAUCAGAGGCAGCAUCAGCGUGAUCGUCGUGGCGAUUGCCGGCCCGAAAGAACAGCGAACAGUGAUGUGCUACGCAGCUAUGGGAAACCAUGCCUGACGCCGACCAGUGACAGUGAGGAGCCUACCAGCCAGCUCGUCGGGAUCACCGGCAUGUCCAGCAGCAACACGACGCUAGCCGCCACUAGCAACACGCUAGCCGCUAGCCACAAUUCUCACGGUAGUGUGACCCAUAGUAGUAGUUCUUCGAGCGGCAAUCGUCAUCAUUAUAGCGGCAAGGCGGCUAUAAUGCCCGGUGCCGACGGGAAUGCCGGUGCGGCUGUGGAUUGCGUGGCCCGUUCGAUGCCUGGUGUCGUGAGUGGUGCAGGUGGUAGUUAUGGUGGUAGUGGUAGUUCAAAUGGAAUACUCGCCGACAGCAGGAGAGAUCGCGGCGAGAGGAACGAUAGGGGUCGCGUUGUCGACAGGGAUCAUGACUCAAGGAGGAACGGGACAGCUAAUAACUCGUACAACGACAUCACUGCGCCUGAUUAUGCGGCAACGGAUGACAAUACCGUCAGUACAUCCUCCUGCGGCCUUGACCUGCCGGAGAGUCCUAAGUCGUCCGAGUAUCCUGACUACCUCACUUACUACACGACAAUAAGCAGUGCAGAACAGAGAAGACGUUACAAGGCAGAAUUCAACGCGGACUAUGAAGAAUAUCGGAGGUUGCAUGCUCAAGUGGCAAAAGUGUCUAAACGGUUUACGCAGCUGCAAGAUCGUUUGAAGCGUGAACAAGCCUCGAGAAAUUGGAACGAGUAUGAGGCAAUCAGGCAGUUAAUUCUGUACGAGUAUAACGAGACUAAACGCGAUCCUAAACAUAGGGAGACGAAACGUCGAUUUCAUUAUCUGCACGAGAAGCUUAGCCAUAUUAAACGGUUGGUAUUGGAAUACGACACGCAGAAUUGCGGUGGUAUGGUGACUAGUAACAGUAACGCUGAUAGUAGCAACGAAAUCAAGGACGUGAAUAGUUUGCACUACUGACACACACUGAAAAGGCCGUCUCUUAUUCUCUACUUUAUCUCGGUUAUCGAUAUCACGCUACCGUCUUCGUUGUCGAAGAGUUUGCAUUUCCUCGGCAUGUUCCAAGGCUGAUGAAAAAAAA